UUGGCCAGUCGUUUCCAUGUGUCGCUGCCGACUGCUCGCCUCUCGUCCCAUGCCCUCAUCUCCUUGAACACCUACACCUCGUCCGCCAAGGGCCCCGAUGGAGGCAAGGAGGGAAGCGCCAUGGGAGGCGCUGAGGACAUCGCAGACAGAGCCUGGAUCAGGUUGGGCCACAGAUCCGAGAACCAAGCCGUUGUCUUCUUGGGUGAAUCCGGCUCAGGAAAGUCUACCCUUCGAUCCCACCUGUUGACUGCUUUCCUCGGCAAGUCUUCCACUCCCCUCUCUACCAAAGUCUCCCUCGCCGCGUAUGUCUUCGAUACUUUGACGACCACCAAGACGGCCACAACUCCCACGGCCUCCAAGGCAGGUCUCUUCUACGAGCUGCAAUAUGACACGGCCACCACGACGAACCCGCUUCUCAUCGGUGCCAAGCUGCUCGACCACAGACUCGAGCGAAGCCGCAUCACGGAUAUCCCGACCGGCGAGCGCAACUUCCACAUCUUGUACUACCUCAUGGCCGGUACCAGUGCCGCCGAGAAGGCCCAUCUCGGGUUCGAAACUCCAGCCGGCGUCGCUCAGAAGAGAUGGAAGUACCUGGGCCAUCCCACACAGCUCAAGGUCGGCAUCAACGAUGCCGAAGGCUUCCAGGUUUUCAAGAACGCCCUCAAGAAGCUGGAGUUCCCCCGGAGCGAGAUUGCCGAGAUUUGCCAAAUUCUGGCAAGCAUUCUGCACAUUGGUCAGCUCGAGUUCGAGACGACGUCCAACACCCAGAUUACUGGGGACGACAGCGGCGGUUUCUCCCACGAGGGCGGACAGACCGUGACCGCCGUCAAGAACAAGGAUGUUCUCGGCAUCGUUGCCGCCUUUUUGGGCGUCGGCACGCAGGACUUGCAGACCACGUUGUCGUACAAGACCAAGAUGAUCCACAAGGAGAGGGUCACCGUCAUGUUAGAUCCCAACGGCGCCAGGUCUCACGCGAACGAGCUGGCGCGUACUUUGUACUCCCUCCUGGUUGCGUACAUUGUUGAAGGCAUCAACCAGAGGAUCUGCGCUCCCGAGGAGAGCGUCGCCAACACGGUGUCCAUCCUCGACUUCCCUGGUUUUGCCCAGCAGGCCGCCACUCACUCUGCGCUCGACCAGCUCCUCAACAACGCCGCCUGCGAAGCGCUCUACAACCUGACGCUCCAGAACUUCUUCGAUCGCAAGGCAGACAUGCUGGAGAACGAGGAGGUCAGCGUCGCGGCGACCAGCUACUUUGACAACUCGGAUGCCGUCAGGGGCCUGCUCAAGCCUGGAAACGGCUUGCUUAGCAUUUUGGACGACCAGACCCGGAGGAACCGCACCGAUCACCAGUUCCUUGAGAGCCUUCGCAAACGCUUCGAGGGCAAGAACCCCGCCAUCACCCCCGGCUCUACGACGGCCAGGCUCCCUGGAAGCAACUUCCUCACCGAGAACACCGCCGCCCUGUUCACCGUCAAGCACUUUGCCGGUGAGGUUGACUAUCCUGUCAAGGGCAUCAUUGAGGAGAACGGUGAAGUCAUCUCUGGCGAUCUGCUCAACAUGAUCAACUCCACCAAGAGCGAGUUCGUCGCCAGACUGUUCGGCCAGGAGGCUCUCCGCACCGUUACCCACCCCAAGGAGAGGUCCACCGUCAUGCAGGCCACCAUCAGCUCGAAACCUACCAGAGCGCCCAGCGUCAUGUCGCGCAAGACGACAAGAACUGCCCGCAACCAGGCGCGCAUUCAACGGUAUCAGCAGCAGCAACAGCAGCAGCAGGAGGACGAGGCUCAGGAAGAACUCGACAGACUCAGCGAAGGCAACUCGCAAGCCGAAGGUUCCAAGCUUCACGCAUCAGAGCAGGGGGCGUCGGGCCAGUUCCUGGCAUCCUUGGAGAACGUCACCAAGUCUGUUGCUGACCCCAGCACGAAUUCGUACUUUGUCUUCUGCUUGAAGCCCAACGACAGGCGCAUUGCGAACCAGUUUGACAGCAAGUGCGUCCGCACCCAGGUGCAGACGUUUGGUAUCGCCGAAAUCAGCCAGCGCCUUCGCUCGGCCGAUUUCAGUCUCUUCCUCCCCUUCGGCGAGUUCCUCGGCUUGGCUGACUCGGACACCAUCCUCGUCGGUUCUGAGAGAGAGCGUGUCGAACUUGUGGUCGAAGACAAGCAUUGGCCGAGCAACGAGGUCAGAAUCGGAUCAACCGGUGUCUUCCUCAGCGAGAGGUGCUGGAUGGAGAUCGCCCAGCUCUCCGAGAGCGCCUCCGCCUCCGGAAGAUACAACCUGCCUUCUGACGCCGGUGACGGCCUGACGCCGCAAGACGUCCCCUUCGCCGCUUCCAAGGAGCGCCUGCUCUCCGCAGGAAACACUCCGAUGGGCUACGGCGAGAAGGGUAAGAGCGGUUACUUUGGCCAGGACGGGUCCGACUCUCGCUCGGAAGCCGGCGUCUCCGCCUUCGGAGGUGGUGACAUGUUCAAGAACCUGGACACCAGAGAGCAGAUGGCCGAACGUGGUAACGAGAAGAGUCUGGAGGAGGUCGAGGAGUUCAAGGACAGUGCCAGUCGUAAGCGCUGGGUGUUCACCGUCUACCUCAUGACCUGGUUCGUCCCGGACAUCCUUGUCCGCAAGAUGGGCCGCAUGCCCCGCAAGGACAUUCGUGUGGCCUGGAGAGAGAAGCUGGCCAUCAACAUGUUGAUCUGGCUGUUCUGUCUGUUCGCCGCCUUCUUCAUCGUCGUCUUCCCCAAGCUCAUCUGCCCCACGCAACACGUCUACAGUGCCGAAGAGUUGUCCUCUCACGACGGCAAGGACGAUAACUCUGCCUACUCCUCGAUUCGCGGUGUGGUCUUUGAUAUCGGCUCAUUCGCCCCUCGUCACUACCCGCCCUAUGUCACCGUCAAGCAACUGAAGAACUAUGCCGGCCAGGAUAUCAGCUCCCUCUUCCCCAUCCAGGUCAGCGCCCUGUGCCAGGGCAAGGACGGCUCUGUCGACGAGCACGUCUCCCUGGACUACAAGAACACAAACCUGACUGGUUCUCCCUUGAUUGCCUGGGCCGACAUGAACUACAAGUUCCACGACUUCCGUUCCUGGACAAACGACAGCCGUCCGGAUUGGUACUACGAGCAGAUGACUUUCCUCAAGGCCAACUACAAGAAGGGCAACGUCGGCUACUCUCCUCAGUACGUCAAGACUCUGGCCAACAAGCAGAAGAUCAUCGCCAUUCUGGACAGCAAGGUGUACGACGUGACCGACUACAUGAACGGCGGCUUGAGGAUGCAGGCGAAGGCUGGCGAGAGCGCCCCCGAGGACACCGGCCAGACCAAGUUCAUGGACAACACCGUCAUGACCCUCUUCCAACAAAAAUCUGGUACGGAUAUUACCAAGCUGUGGGACAACCUCAACAUCGACGCCCAGCUCAAGAAACGCAUGAAGACUUGUCUCAACAACCUCUUCUACAUUGGCGACGUUGACACUCGUAACUCGGCUCGCUGCAAGUUUGCCGAGUAUCUUGUUCUCGCCAUUUCCAUCAUUCUCUGCUCCAUUCUCGGUUUCAAGUUCUUGGCUGCGCUCCAGUUCGGCGGUAAGAACAUGCCCGAGAACCUCGACAAGUUCGUCAUGUGUCAGAUUCCGGCCUACACCGAGGACGAGGACUCCCUUCGCCGUGCCAUCGACUCUUGUGCCAGAAUGCACUACGAUGACAAGCGCAAGCUUCUCAUCGUGGUUUGCGACGGUAUGAUUAUCGGACAGGGCAACGACAAGCCUACGCCGCGCAUCGUGCUCGACAUUCUCGGCGUCUCCGAGACCGUCGACCCGGAACCCUUGAGCUUCGAGUCCCUCGGUGAAGGUCAGAAGCAGCACAACAUGGGCAAGGUCUAUUCCGGCUUGUACGAAGUCCAAGGUCACAUCGUCCCCUUCUUGGUCAUCGUCAAGGUCGGCAAGCCCUCCGAGGUUUCUCGCCCUGGUAACCGUGGCAAGCGCGACUCUCAAAUGAUCCUCAUGCGUUUCCUCAACCGCGUCCACUACAACCUGGAGAUGAGCCCUCUGGAACUCGAGAUGUACCACCAGAUUCGCAACAUCAUCGGUGUCAACCCCACGUUCUACGAAUUCAUGUUCCAGAUCGACGCCGACACCGUCGUCGGCGCCGACUCUGCCACGCGUAUGGUUGCCGCAUUCCUCAACGACACCCGCCUCAUCGCCGUCUGCGGUGAGACCGCUCUCACCAACGCGAAGGCCUCCUUCAUCACCAUGAUUCAAGUCUACGAAUACUGGAUCUCUCACAACCUCACAAAGGCCUUUGAGAGUCUGUUCGGCAGUGUCACCUGUUUGCCCGGCUGUUUCUCCAUGUACCGCAUCCGCGCCGCCGAGACCGGCAAGCCCCUGUUCGUCAGCAAGGAGAUUAUCGAGGACUACUCCACCAUUCGUGUUGAUACUCUGCACAUGAAGAACCUGCUCCACCUCGGUGAGGAUCGUUACCUCACGACUCUGCUCCUCAAGUACCACAACAAGUACAAGACCAAGUACACCAACAGAGCUCACGCGUGGACCAUCGCCCCCGAUUCCUGGGCCGUGUUCCUCUCGCAGAGACGUCGCUGGAUCAACUCGACGGUGCACAACCUCAUGGAACUCAUCCCCAUGGCGCAGCUUUGCGGUUUCUGCUGUUUCUCCAUGCGUUUCAUCGUCUUCGUCGACUUGCUCAGUACCGUUGUCCAGCCCGUCGUCGUCGCCUACAUCAUCUACCUCAUUGUGAUGGUCGUUCAGAACCCCAGCGUGGUGCCCGUCACGGCCUUCAUCAUGCUGGGAGCCAUUUACGGUUUGCAAGCCAUCAUUUUCAUCCUCCGCCGCAAGUGGGAGAUGAUUGGCUGGAUGAUUCUGUACAUCCUGGCCAUUCCCGUCUUCAGUUUCGCCCUGCCCCUGUACUCCUUCUGGCACAUGGACGACUUCAACUGGGGUAACACCCGUGUCAUUGCCGGCGAGAAGGGAAAGAAGAUUGUCAUUUCCGACGAGGGCAAGUUCGACCCGUCCGUCAUCCCCAAGAAGAAGUGGGAGGAGUACCAGGCCGAGCUUUGGGACGCCCAGACCGUUCGCGAGGACGCCCGCUCCGAGGUCUCUGGCUACAGCUACGCCACCAAGGGACAGGUCCCCGUCUCCGAGUACGGAUACCAUAGCCGCCCCGGCUCCAUCGCCGGUGGCUACGCGCCGCCCAGACCUCCCAUGGGCUACGACCAGCGCAACAUGUCUCGCAUGUCCCUCGCGGCGUCCGAGAUGGGUGGUAACCGCAACAGCCAAUUCGGCGGUUCGCAGUUCUUCUCCCCCGAGGACAUGGUCGGCCUGCCAAACGACGAUGCGUUGUUGGCCGAGAUCCGCGAGAUCCUCCGGACGGCCGACCUGAUGACGGUAACGAAGAAGGGCAUCAAGCAGGAGCUGGAGCGUCGUUUCGGCGUUCCCCUCGAUGCCAAGCGACAGUACAUCAACAGCGCCACGGAGGCGCUCUUGUCGGGCCAGUUAUAA